AUGCACCGAGCCGCCAUCAACCUCGUCCUCUUCGGCCUCUCCCUCUUCUCCAGUCUCGAGUCCAGCCUUGCCCACCAUAGCCCUAAUAAACUUCUCAAGACCCGUGCGCCUGAUAACAAUGAACCCAAAAACGGCACCUCGAAACCUUGUCAAACAUACUACAGUGCUAAUACCCCUCAUGCUGUAUGUAACGGUGACAGGUCAAUGAUGUGUCUCGCCGGCUGCACAGGUGGUGUUGUUGCGCAGAAUUGUCAAUUGAAUUCUUCUUCGCCGCUCACCACUGAAACCUGCAGCGUCGCCUUCAGCCAAACCUCGGAAACUGCUUACCUCUGCAAUACCCCUCAAGGAGCUUACACCUGUCAGGGCCCUCAAACGGGUGGCGUCGUCUGCCACAACUGUGUAUCUACACCCAACGGCGUCUUGCCAUCUAAUACCACCUCGACCUCCGCUAUCCCUGGGCACUCUAACUCGACCAAUGAGCAUGAUUCACAAGAUACCUCAUCCGAUUCUUCCAAAGUGACAUUUUCAACUACGAUGGCCUUGCCUGGUUUACUUAGCAUAUUCAUCUCAGCUGCUAUCGCGACUUUACUCUAA